AUCAUGGUGGAAGGACUUCCACCAUGGUAUAUACUCAAAGUCGACAAUCGAUGUAUUGUAGAACGGGCCUUAACAUAAACAAGUGAUACAUAAAAAUGGCGGUUCCUUCAGUUUCGCUAAAUACACGAAAUAAAAAGCAUUUUUUAGGUGUACCGGCACCAUUGGGAUAUGUUGCCGGUGUUGGUAGAGGAGCAACAGGAUUUACGACACGGUCUGAUAUUGGUCCCGCUCGAGAUGCCAAUGAUGUUUCAGACGAUAGACAUGCUCCACCCACAAAACGUACAAAAAAGAAGGAAGAAGAGGAAGAGGAUGAAGAGGAUUUGAAUGAUUCAAAUUAUGAUGAAUUUUCAGGAUAUGGAGGUUCUCUUUUUAGUAAGGAUCCUUAUGAUAAAGAUGAUGAAGAAGCAGAUGCAAUUUAUGAAGCUAUUGACAAACGAAUGGAUGAAAAACGUAAGGAAUACAGAGAGAAACGUCUCAGAGAAGAAUUGGAACGCUAUCGUCAAGAACGUCCCAAGAUUCAACAGCAAUUUUCCGAUCUGAAAAGAGAGUUGGUUAAUGUAACUGAAGACGAAUGGAAAAAUGUUCCCGAGGUGGGAGAUGCUAGAAAUCGUAAACAGCGUAAUCCAAGAGCAGAAAAAUUCACUCCGUUACCAGAUUCUGUACUGGCGAGAAAUUUAGGAGGUGAGACAUCCACCAGCAUUGAUCCAGCUAGCGGUUUGGCAUCUAUAAUGCCAGGUGUGGCAACACCCGGUAUGCUAACUCCCACAGGGGAUCUUGAUCUCAGAAAGAUUGGGCAGGCCAGAAACACAUUGAUGAAUGUCAAGUUGAAUCAAGUUUCUGAUUCUGUGGAAGGCCAAACUGUAGUUGAUCCAAAAGGAUAUCUUACAGAUUUGCAGAGCAUGAUACCUACUUAUGGUGGUGACAUAAAUGACAUAAAGAAAGCCCGAUUAUUGUUAAAAUCCGUCAGGGAGACUAAUCCUAAUCAUCCUCCUGCGUGGAUCGCAUCUGCACGUCUAGAGGAAGUGACUGGAAAGGUUCAAGCGGCAAGAAACUUGAUAAUGAAAGGAUGCGAGGUAAAUCCUAUGUCUGAGGAUCUAUGGUUGGAAGCUGCGAGAUUGCAGCCACCGGAUACGGCAAAAGCAGUAAUAGCGCAAUCUGUGCGCCAUAUUCCGACAUCCGUUAGAAUUUGGAUAAAAGCCGCGGACUUGGAGACAGAAGUAAAGGCGAAACGAAGAGUGUAUCGAAAGGCAUUGGAACAUAUCCCAAAUUCAGUGCGAUUAUGGAAAGCGGCCGUUGAGUUGGAAGAGCCCGAAGACGCACGUAUAUUGCUCAGUCGUGCGGUUGAGUGCUGUCCGACCAGCGUAGACUUGUGGCUUGCUCUUGCUAGACUGGAGACUUAUGAUAAUGCAAGAAAAGUCUUAAACAAAGCUAGAGAGAAUAUUCCAACUGACAGACAAAUCUGGACUACUGCUGCAAAACUGGAGGAAGCGAAUGGCAAUAAACACAUGGUGGAAAAGAUUAUCGAGCGUGCUAUAUCCUCGUUGAGCGCAAACGGAGUAGAGAUCAAUAGAGAACAUUGGUUUAAGGAAGCUAUGGAAGCUGAAAAAGCAGGGGCAGUACACUGUUGUCAAGUUAUCGUUAAAGCCAUUAUUGGUUUUGGAGUAGAAGAAGAAGACAGAAAACAUACUUGGAUGGAAGAUGCUGAAACUUGCGCCCAACAAGGAGCUUUGGAAUGCGCCAGAGCUGUCUACGCAUAUGCGUUAACGACAUUUCCUAGUAAGAAAUCAAUUUGGCUACGUGCCGCUUAUUUUGAAAAAACAUAUGGCACGCGGGAAUCUUUGGAAGCUUUACUACAAAGAGCAGUUGCUCAUUGUCCCAAGAGUGAAGUGCUUUGGCUGAUGGGUGCAAAAUCAAAGUGGCUGGCUGGUGACGUACCAGCAGCUAGAGGUAUUUUAUCUCUUGCAUUUCAAGCUAAUCCAAAUUCCGAAGAAAUUUGGCUGGCAGCAGUGAAACUCGAAUCUGAAAACUCAGAAUAUGAGAGAGCGCGACGUUUAUUGGCCAAAGCCAGAGCAUCCGCUCCGACGCCUAGAGUGAUGAUGAAAAGCGCCAAGUUGGAAUGGGCUCUUAAUAAUCUUGAUGCAGCGUUGCAUUUAUUAAAAGAAGCUCUCGAAGCCUUUGAUGACUUCCCCAAAUUGUGGCUAAUGAAAGGUCAAAUUGAAGAACAACAGGGAUACUUAGACAAAGCGAUAAAUACGUAUAAUCAAGCGAUAAAAAAAUGUCCAAAUUCGAUACCUUUGUGGCGUUUGUUGGCACGAUUGGAGCAUAAGAAAAACCAAGUGACCAAAGCGCGUUCAGUUUUGGAGAAAGCGAGACUUAAAAAUCCUAAAAAUGCAGAAUUAUGGCUGGAAGCUAUACGGAAUGAAUUGAAAAAUGGUGGCGCACGUGAUAUGGCAAAUACACUAAUGGCUAAGGCACUACAAGAAUGUCCCACAUCCGGAUUACUCUGGGCAGAGGCAAUUUUUAUGGAACCUCGACCUCAACGGAAAACUAAAAGUAUCGAUGCCACUAAAAAAUGCGAACAUGAUCCACAUGUUCUUCUGGCAGUAUCCAAACUAUUUUGGUGCGAACACAAGAUUUCAAAGUGUAGAGAUUGGUUCAAUAGGACGGUGAAAAUUGAUCCAGAUUUAGGAGACGCCUGGGCCUAUUUUUACAAAUUUGAAUUACUGAAUGGUACGGAAGAGCAGCAAGAAGAUGUAAAAAAGAGAUGUAUCGCUGCAGAACCCCAUCAUGGUGAAAAUUGGUGCAAAAUUUCCAAAAAUAUAGCAAAUUGGUGUCUAAGUACAGAUCAGAUCUUAGUAUUAGUUGCAAAAGAAUUACCAAUUCCUAUAUAAAAUAAAAAUUAUUGUGACAAGUUAGAACGCAACUAUCAUAAACUUAGCUAUAUGUAAGUUUGUAAAUAAAUCUGAAAAAAAAAUUUCAA